AUGUCUCGCAUGUCGCAAAAGCGACGCGCUGAAACUCCAGAAGCCCCUGCAAAACGCGCCAAGUCCACAGUCGUGAGAAGUAACCAACGAGCCGUAGCACAUUUUGCUGAUAAUAAAGCGCUGACUACGCGACUGGAUGUGUAUGUCUUCGGAGAAGGCAGUUCAGGGGAGCUGGGACUGGGGCCAAAGAACGCAGUUGACGUGAAGAGGCCCCGGUUGAACACAAACCUGGAUGCGAAGAAGGUUGGGGUUGUUGAUAUUGCUACGGGUGGCAUGCAUGUUGUUGCUUUGACCUAUGAUGGCAAAGUACUGACAUGGGGUGUAAAUGACAAUUUUGCUCUUGGCCGAAAAACGUCAUGGGAGGGUGGAAUGAAGGGCAUUGAUCCCACGGAAGAUGAUUCUGCCUCAGACACAAGCGAUGUGGAGUUGAACCCAUUUGAAUCUACUCCAACUGCUAUACCUGGGGAUAACUUUCUACCUGACACUACAAUUGUUCGUGUUACUGCUGGUGAUAGUGCCACGUUCGCUUUAACACAACAGGGUUUGGUAUACGGAUGGGGAACUUUUGUGAAUAAUGAGGGAAAAUCUGGCUUUCUCCUGACUCAAACCAAUGACAUUAUCAAGAAACAGACAAAACCAACACUCAUCCCUGGUUUGAAGAGGAUCGUACAAAUUAGUGCUGGUAACAACUUUUGUUUAGCACUAGAUGCGGAUGGCAAAGUAUACUCCUGGGGCAUGUCUGAGCAAAACCAACUCGGUCGUCGUUUGAUUGUUGAUCGUCGUCAGAGUGCAUUGGAUCGUGAGGUCAAGCUUGAUAUCUUAUAUAACAGAGCCGGGCUAUUCCCUGGUCUGGUGGCUCUACCAAAACGGAAGAAAAUUGUCUCAAUUCAUGCUGGUAGUGACCACGCGUUUGCAAUUGACUCCAAUACUGAUACAUGGGCAUGGGGCCUAAAUAACUUUGGACAGACUGGGAUUAGCACAGGCGCUGGCACUGGCGGUGCCACCAUUGUGACUCCCCAGAAGGUCCAAGCACUUAUGCAUAAAAAAAUGAAGAUGAUUCAAGGCGGCUCCCAUCAUUCUAUUGGCAUUACGAACGCAGGGGAAUGUCUCGUCUGGGGUCGAGUAGAUGGUGGUCAAAUGGGUCUUGAUAUCAGCGCCCUGUUAAUGAAUAACCCUGCUGGAGUUAUAUUAGAACGAGGGAAACCACGCAUCCUCAUCCUGCCUACAGCGCUACCUAUCUCGGGAAGUACGUUUGCCACGGCAGGCUCAGAUCACAAUAUCCUCAUUACUUCGCAAGGAGAGGCUUAUUCGUGGGGGUUCAACACCAACUACCAAUGCGGGCAAGGCUCAGAUGUGGACGAAGUCUGUGUCGCGACUUUGAUUAAUAAUUCCGCAGUUCGGGACAAGAACCUCACCUGGGCUGGGGCAGGUGGUCAAUACUCUCUGUUAGCCGGACCACACCAGCAAAGUAACAAGCCAUUUACACAGUACUUUCAGGGGUCUAAAAGUAGCCUAGCAUAG